AUCCUUCCAAUUUCUUUCUAUCCAAUCACUCCAAAUCAUUUCUUCCCUUUGACACAUAUAUUUGUAGGUCUUUGGAGGUCUUUGGUGUUACGAACUUGUUCGCCUCUCAUCCCAAGUUUCUGCGAAUCUUAAUCUUUCACAGAAUCAGAGAUCCUUUCUUCCAUAGCCGUUUUCCAUGGGUUAUCGUUUCUCGUGCAGCGCCUGAAUCCUUUUAAUGGAGGUUUGUUGGAGGCUUGGAUGAAACUUUGAUUCUGCGAUUGAUUUUCUUCGUUCUUAGAAACAGGGAUUAUUAAAGAUGUUGGGAGAUUUCAUCACCAGAAGUCUUUUGAUGCUUCUUGGAUAUGCAUAUCCUGCAUUUGAGUGCUACAAAAUCGUGGAGAAGAACAAGGUUGAAAUCGAAGAACUCCGCUUCUGGUGUCAAUACUGGAUCAUUGUGGCAAUGCUGACUGUCACAGAGAGGUUUGCUGACAUUUUUAUUUCAUGGUUGCCCAUGUAUGGCGAGAUGAAGUUGGCAUUCAUCAUCUACUUGUGGUACCCCAAGACAAAGGGAACAGGGUAUGUGUAUGAAGUGUUGUUGCGGCCUUAUGUAGCAAAGCAUGAGACGGACAUAGAUAGGAAGCUAUUGGAAUUGAGGGCCAGGGUGUGGGACUUGGCCAUCUUUUAUUGGCAACACUGCGCCAAGUUCGGACAGACUACGUUCGUCCAAAUGCUCCAGUUCUUGGCUGCCCAGUCUGCUAGGAUGCCGUCACACGGUGGCUCUGAGAAGGAAGUAGAAGAAGGAAAGUCCACACGCCAAGACAGCAAGAAGAGCGCACAAGCUACCCCAACUACCACUAUCAAUCACGAUAUUUCUCAACCUUCUAUCCCCAAACACGUACAAAUGCAGGCAGAGAAUGGCUUCAUCACCAGUCCGGAUUCUAAAGCCGGCCCAGAGGGAGAUGGCGAAAAUCAGCUACAUGCGGUUCGCCUGAGACUCAGGCGCUCAAACUCAAGACCGGAUCAGUGAAAUUUGCAAAAGAAAACAACAAUUGCUCCCUUUUCUUUUAGUCCAAAUUCCAAAUUCAUUACAUAUCAAUCUCCUUUUAUACAUAUCAAUCUCCUUUUAUAGA